AUCUACACUAUGUUGUACUUAAUUUCUUUUUGUUCGUCCCUGUGAAUACGAUAAAUGUACUGCUACCCUUUAUUACAAUCUUUUUAAAUGCGAGAAAACUAACAUCAUGUUCAAACGUGUAUAUACAAAAUGUUCACGAAUUCUUUUCCAAUGUAUAUAAAAAAUAUAUUCACGAAUUACUUCAUUUAUUUAUAACUAUAAGUAGCUACCAAGUACACAGGAGCAAAUACCCAAUUUUGUUGAUAUGAAUAACACAUGUUUCGUGUGACCCAUUUCAACUGCUAUCAAAGUAGCAAAUCCUCCAUGAAUAUCCUUUUUGUUCUCCUCCUUUUACUGACGAUCAUCAAUGGUCUUAAAACUGCCGCCCAAACAUGUUCUCCGACCGCCGGAAACUUCACAGUCAACAGCACCUACGCCGCGAACAGAGCUCUCCUCUUCUCUGCCCUGUCCUCCAACAUCACCUCAAGCUACGGCUUCUUCAUCAACACCACAGCAGGCCAUGGCGCUGACAAAAUAUACGGAAUCGCCCUUUGCAGGGCCGAUUCAACCCCUGAAACUUGCACCAAAUGCGUCAAAACUGGAACUAAAAACCUCACAGAGAAUUGCCCGAACCAAAUGGAAGCCAUCAUUUGGGCAAGUGAGAGCUCCGUUCCGUGUAUCGUUAGGUAUUCGAAUCGUUCCUUUUUCGCGGAAUUGGAGCUUUCUCCUAAGCUGAUAGUUGUUAGAACGGAUGAGUUCGAAGCGGAUGAAGUUGAAUCGGUUAAGAAGAUUUGGGAUCCUCACGUCUCGAGGUUAAUAGCCAAAACUUCUAAGGGGACGAAGAUCAAGUACGCUUCCGGCCAAACGAAUUUACAGAGAUUUCGGAUCAUUUACGCGAUAACGCAGUGCACUCCAGAUCUGUCUCAUUCUGAUUGUGAUUCUUGUCUGAGAACCGUUGUGAGUGAUUUUCAGGAUUGUUGCGUUAGAAACAAAGGAGGAGUUUCCUAUAAUCCUAACUGUAUAUUUCGUUGGGAGCUGUAUCCCUUCUAUAAUUCUUCCUAUGUGUAAGUGCUCCACCGCUUCCGCCUCCAUCAUUAUCUCCGGCGACCCUACUUUCUUAUUGUACGUACUUGCUAUACAUGAGUACACAAGAGUGGGGAACUAGAGAAAAAAUUAAGUAGGGGCACAAUCAUAAAUACAUUAAUAAUAAAAUUGUCUUAACAAAUUAUACUAAUAAAAUAUUCCAAAUCUAUCAUUAUAUAAAAGCAAAAGAUUUUUG